AUCAUUGGGCACAUGGGGCUUGGUAUUCCUCGCACUGGUCAAGUGUUAAAGAACUUUGCAAAGAACCAAGCUGCUAACGCGGGGACACUUGUUCAGAAGGGAACCUCCCAUCUGUGAAGGACCCUUCAGGUCUCCCCAGGCGCUUCUCCAGCGUCCCCGCGCCAUCCCCGCCCCGUCGCCUCCGGGGGUUCCGGCGCGGGUGGUUUCCGGGAAAGGCCAGCUGGGCUCGGGGUGCUGCGCUCGGCUGGCAGACGCGGAGUCUCACUCUGUCAUCCAGGCUAGAGUGCCAUGACAUCAGACUGACUCACAGCAACCUCAGACUCCUGGGCUCAAACGAUCCUCCUGCCUCAGCCUCUGGAGUAGCUGGGACUACAGGGAAUCAUGGCAGCUGAUGAAGAUAACAAAAAACAAGUUCUUAAGGAGAAUUGGCCAGAUGAAGAUAUGAAAAAUGAACAAAAUGAGGGAUUAAUUGGUGAAAUUAUAAAGGAAAAUAUUCAGCUAAAGGAAGAGAUCCAAAAGCUUGAAGCUGAGCUACAAGAGACUGCCAGAACAUUCCAGAUUAAAGAGGCUCUUCCAGAAACAAAGAUAAAAUUUGGAUUUGCUGAGACUCCUGAGGAUGACAACCAGUUUUCAAAUGUCUCUUGUUCAUUUCAAGUGAAUUCAAAAGUUACUUAUGAGCUACAGAAAGGACACGCACUUAUCACCUUUGAAAAAGAAGAAGUUGCCCAAAAUGUGAUAAGAAUGAGGAGACACCGUGUACAGAUAGACAAUGUAAAUGUGGAGGUCAUAGCCCAGCCAGUGCCAUUAAACUUAGGAGUCAGAUUCCAGGUUCAUGUAGAAGUUUCUAAAAUGAAAAUCAAAGUUACUGGAAUUCCUGAUGAACUGCCUGAAGAUCAGAUGAGAGACAAGCUAGAACUGAGCUUUUCUAAGUCCCGAAAUGGAGGCGGAGAAGUGGAAUGGGUGGAGUAUGACAAGCCGUCCGGCAGUGCCGUCAUCUCGUUUGUGGAAAUUGGAGUUGCUGACAAGAUUUGGAAAAGGAGAGACUAUCCUCUUUAUGUAAAUCGCAGCUGCCAUAGAGUUAUGGUUUCUCCAUAUGUAGAAAAACACUUGAAAAAGUAUCAGGUAUUUUCAGGACUAUCUAAGAGGACCGUGCUUCUGACUGGAAUAGAAGACAUUCAUCUGGAUGAAGAGAUGAUGGAGGAUUUAAUUGGUGUUCACUUCCAGCGGGAGAAGAACGGGGGCGGAGAAGUGGAUGUGGUCAAGUGUGCUGUAUACCAGCCUCACAUCGUGUACUUUGAAGAAGAGACUGAUGGGACCGUAUAACAGCUAGAGCCUCUGAGCCCAAAUCACUGGAAAUGUUUGACAAAAAUGAAUAUCGUUUCCCUUUAAAAGAAACUUAAGUUUUUAGUGUUCAUUUAUUCUUGGAUUCAAAAUAAAUUUUCAUGUUUUUGGAUUCUUUUUUCGUCUCAAACUGUGCUGAAUGUUUUCAACU